AAAUAUAAUGACGACGUUGAAGGAGUUGAAAAAGCUUAUUUUUUCUCUGAAAAUCAGAAGAAAGAAGAGUGAACGUAAUAAUACUACUACUACCAUCCAUCUUCAUGGCUCAAACGGCUUUUACAUUGGCCUUAAGCUUAUUUUCUGGCGGAAGCGCCGCCGUGUCUUCUCAUUCAUCUCCGCCAUCUCCGGUUGUCUCCUCCUCUUACUUUUCUCCUCCGUUUACUUUCCUCCGCCUACCGCCAACAAUCUCUUCCUUCCCCGUCACUCUUCCGUUCGUCACGUGGUGAAUGUAAGAGAAGCUUUGGAGUACAAUUUUGAGGCAAUGUUUCAAGUUCCGGUGCAAUUACGAGCUAAACGUUCUAUGUAUUCAGUUUUGAUGGCUUGUUUCGAUCUUAAUAUCAGCUUUUGAUUAAUUGGUUUUGUGUUUAU